GACCGUCCACACAGGAAGAAGAGUCAAGAAAUGAGUCAGAGAUUCCUCCACCACUGAAACAAGGCAGACAGCGCGGCCCAGACUCCAGACCCCAGACCCCAGACAGCAGCAGCAGCAGCAGCAGACCAUGCCGUGCUGCGGUGUUCGCAGUCUGUGUCAGUAUGAAACCAACAAGCUGGUGCGGAUCCAGAGCGUCCGGCUCGGCUCCAUGAAGUGGAGUCUGAACGGAUUCAUUCUGCUGUUUAUCUGCAUCAUGAUGCUUUGGAACAGGAAGUACCAGGAGUUUGACCUGGUGGUGAGCUCCGUCACCACCAAGGUGAAGGGCGUAGCCCAGACCCACCUUUCUGAGGUUGGGGACAUGGUCUGGGAUGUGGUGGACUACAGUGGGUCAUCACAGAACAAAAACUCCUUUUUUGUGGUGACCAACGUCAUCGUGACAAAGAAUCAGAAGCAGGGAAAAUGCGCAGAGGUUCCCCUGAAAGGCAGAGUGUGUCGUACUGAUAAGGACUGUGAGAAGGGAGCCUGGGAUCAGCAGAGUCACGGGAUACAGACAGGAUCAUGUGUGAAGUUUGAUGUGUUGACGAAAUCUUGUGAAGUAUCUGCAUGGUGUCCAGUUGAAACCAAGACAAAACCUCAGAGGCCUGCUCUGUUGGCAGCAGCCGAGAACUUUACAGUCCUCAUCAAAAACAACAUCCGGUUCCCCGCAUUCAACUUCAUCCGAAGGAACAUCCUCCCACACAUGAACGAUGCCUACCUGAGGAGCUGUCAGAGAGUAAACGACUCGCUGUGUCCCAUCUUCAAACUGGGAGACAUCGUUCAAGAGGCUGGAGAAAAAUUCUCUGAAAUGGCGGUCGAGGGGGGCGUCAUCGGCAUCCUGAUCAAAUGGGACUGCAACCUGGACCGACUCAUGCAGCACUGCUUUCCCAAAUACUCCUUCAGACGGCUGGAUGAGAAAGAGAGUAACAGGACACUGUACCCCGGCCUCAACUUCAGGUAUGCAAAGUACAACACGGUGAACGGAGUGGAGGAGCGAACGUUGUACAAAGCAUUUGGGAUCAGGUUUGAUGUCAUGGUGUUCGGACAGGCUGGAAAGUUCAGCUUCAUCCAGCUUAUCAUCUACAUCGGAUCAACGCUGUCAUAUUAUGCUCUGACAACAAUAUUGAUCGACUGGCUGAUUGGAACCAGCUGUUACUCUGCAGAGGUGGGACAAAACUACUCUGAGAGGAAAGUGGAAUCAGUCCAAGACAAACAGAAGUGCAUCCUCUGUGUGUCCUACGUUGAUGAGAACAGCAUUCGACUGGUGAAGAGAUCACAGAAGAAAAGUUUGCAAGACGUGAAGCCGACGUCUGUUCUUCCUCGCAAGGAGGAUACGGGACACCUGAGGGCUGUUCUCUCUCUGCUGCAGCCGGGUAUUGGCUCAGAUCAUGACGCCCAGCCCUCCCAAGACCAUAAACCCAUCCCAAACCCCAAACCCCGUCGUCCAUCCUGGUGUAAGUGCGAUUGCUGCACUCCCUGCUCUGUCCCUCAGGAGGAGCUGUGUUGCCGGUGGAGUGACGGAGUCUGCAUCACCUCUUCUCCUCUGUUUGAGCAUCUUGUGUUACGUCGCUCUCUGCUUGAGGCCGUCCUCCUUUACCGGGACCCUCUGUCUUCACCUGCUGAUCGACGCCAGACCGCCGCCCUGCGUCAUUGUGCCUACAGACAGUACAUCAGCUGGAGGUUUGGAGUCCCACCUAACGACACCCACCCAGCCAUCCCCAGCUGCUGCGUGUGGAGAGUCAGGGAGGAGUACCCCAGCCCUGACGGACAGUACAGCGGCUUCAGACUUACCAGGAUGGCUUCCCUGCAGGCCUGUGCUAACGGAGAGCUGUGAGCGGAGUGUUUCCACAUUACAGAGCAGGAACUCCCCACUGACUGACCUACUAACAGUGUUCUUAUGUAACCACUGCCUUACAAAGCAGAAAAAUGCAAUAACCUUACUAAACUGAAGGGGAAAAUGAAAAUGAAUCAGUUUUUGUCAGCUUAGGUUUGGUCAGAAGGAGAAAAGCCUAACUGAAUCAAUAAAAUCACUGCUUUUUCAAA